AUGUCCUAUUCUAACAAGAUUUCCGCUGCAGCGCAGUUGGUUCACGAGGAUGAGUUUCGACGGAUGCUGGAGCCUGGACGAAAGAAGCACGACAAGCUGAUCGGCAGGUUGCCAAAAGGACAAGAAUCGCCUUUUGGCGACUUUCCGCCAGACUACACACGACCUGGGGAUGACACAAAGAGGUCCCUGAACCUCCAACUCUCGGGCACAGCAACUCUGACACCGCGGAAAUCAGCGGAUCAGGCACUGCCCUCGGCUCGCAGUUCGCUCCCGUCGGCGCGCAGUACUGACGGCAAGACGCCGCGUACGGCUCGCGAGAUAGAGAGGACGCCCAGGAUGACGCCCCGCGACGGUGCCUUCUCCAACACAGCGCCAAAGACCUUGCGAAGUUUGGGCCCUCCGGCGGCUGGAGCUUUCCAGAAGCGACCCAUCGAGCCCUCAGAGUUCAGGAGAUUCUACGACAGAAAUGAUUUGCCCAUUCAGAUCAUGCACACGGGCACCCAGAACAGGAUUGCGUGGAAGGUUGAUGUGGAAAAGCUAGACUACCACCACUACCUUCCCAUUUUCUUCGAUGGGUUGCGCGAAAGGGAGGAGCCGUACCGCUUCUUCGCAGUCGAGGGUGUCUACAAUCUACUGGAAAAGGGCGGUUCCAAGAUCCUUCCGGUCGUGCCGCAGCUCAUUAUUCCAAUCAAGAAGGCACUGAACACGCGGGACACGGAGGUGAUGGUGACGACCAUGAAGGUGCUGCAGACAUUGGUCCUGUCCGGAGAGAUGGUGGGAGAGGCUCUUGUCCCCUACUACCGCCAGAUCUUGCCGGUGCUCAAUAUCUUUAAGUCAGCCACGAAGAGCACCUUCGACCAGAUGGAUUAUGCCCAGCGCAAGCGCAUGGACAUUGGGGCCCUCAUCGACGAGACCCUGGAGAUCCUGGAAACUCACGGGGGCGAAGAUGCCUUCAUCAACAUCAAGUACAUGAUACCAACCUAUGAGUCAUGUGUAUCUGUUUGA